AACCAACAUACCAACCACAUUGCAGCAAUUCAACGUUAAACCACAAGCAUAUUCCUAGAGAUACACAAAUACAUACAUACUUAUAGUGAAGUAUGUGUCAAUCAAAUGAACUUAAAGAUAAAUCAAUCGAAUAUUAGUGAAACCAAUGAAAACAUUGUACACAUAUAAAAUUGUCACUAUUUACAAUUAAAGGGGAGAAGAAGUAUGAACAAUAUUUAACAAAUGUGCUUGAAUCCCCCAUCAACUUAUUCCUUGUCUGUGGUAAUGACACAACUAAACGAAAUAAUACAAUAAUAAAUUGUCUGUAAAUAAAUCAUAAAGUGUGCGUGUUUCUACUGUGAAUAGUUAUGAGACUUGUGUAUUAAGUUAAAUUAGUACGAGAGGAGUUUGUUCAUGUCAUGAAUCGCCAUGUGGACGUAUAUGAUGGCAGCUGCCCGAGGAGAUCGGGCCAACUCUAUGAUGGCGAGACGUCGCAAUGAAGUUGAAUCACCUAAAUAUGGUUAUAAUCUCAACCGUCCUAUGUACCGUUCCAUACGUCACAAUAAUGGAUCAUCGUCACAACAAAGUUGUAAUGCUUCAACAUUGGGUAGCUCAUAUCCUUAUACCACUUCAACGAGUCAUCAUUAUGGCACGAACCCAUCAUCAACGUCUAGUUGUUCACAACAUCAGCAGCAGCAACAUCAUCGUCAACAGCAUCAUAUUAUUGGUAUUGAUGAUGUCUAUACAAAUCCUGUUACAAGUGAAAGUUAUGAAAUGGAAGAUGGCACCAGCCUCUUCUCGCCCCUCACACCCACUAGUACAACAAUGACAACCGAUACGGCUGUACUUAUAGCCAGAAAACACAUGAUGUCAAGUCAACAGAAACAUGGCUCACAUGCAAAAGGUAGUGGAGGUAGUAGUGCUCGAAAUUAUGUCUCUGGUGGUGAUGCUGAAGAACAAAGUUGUUUUGUUGGUAGUCAGGCGGCCGUUGUUCGAUUGCCAUCACGUAGAACAACAAUAACCUCAACAUCAUCGGCCUUUUAUCAUGAAAGUGAUGAAGAUGACGCCGAUGAUGAUGGCAACGAUGGUGAUGGUAAUUCUAAUGGUGACAAUUAUGGACAAAUUGUCAAAUGUUCUGAUAGAGUAAAAAAGCCAACAACAUUAGUAAUUGAUCAGGAGAAUCGUAGUUGUAGUAGUAGAAGACAUCAGCAAAAUAAAUGCCAGCAUCGUCGGCAUCAAAAGGACAUUAAUGAAGAUUUCGCUAUGGAAGAUAGCAGCGAUGAGGAUGAAGACGAUGAAAUGGUAAAUGAGGACGAUGAUGAUGAUGGGAUAAGUGAGCAAAAGCAGGCCAAUUACAAUGAAAACAUUAUGGAAAAUGGCAAAAAAUUAUCACAGGUAAGUCAAGUAGUUAACUUUUGA